UCCCUGACCUAGAGCACGUAUAGCGACGAUGAGGGGACGCUGUAGGAUGUAGAUCGAAUAAUCACUAAAACUCGUGUAGCCUAGAUCCAAUCCCAAGAAAAUCCGCAUCUGUUGGAACGAGAUAAUCACGCAUUUGUCUUGUUUUUGCGCUCUUCUGCGCAUUUGGCACCGGUUGUUAAAGUUUUAUCACUUAAUCGCAAACGAAAUAGCUGAUGUGUUUGCUAUGCGUGCUAUCCACAACUGCGACCGUUAAUUUUCUGUGAAUGCGUGUACUGUCAUCAUCAAUAAGCAGCUGGACCAUUCGGAAAGGAAGCAUUUCCAUUCUGCGAGCUACAGAAUAGAACAGCCUGCACAUAUUUUUUUGAGUGCGCAGUAGGGAUAGCGAUACUCCUGCAUAUGCUAUGCUGCACCUGGAAAGAAGAUUUGGAUUACCAGACGAACUGUAGGCUAUUAACUAACCCGCGCUCGCUCCACCGGACAAAAUACGCAUUUGCCUUUUAAAUCAACGGACGUGUGUCUCGACAAGCAGUGGGAUUUAUAAACCGAAGAUGGGUGUUUGUGGAUACUUUGUCGUGUCUUGGAAGUGCCUGGUGGUUCUGUCAUUCAGGGUACUGUUUCUUGUCCCCCCAGGUUUGCCUGUCCACAGUCAAGGGGAUUCCCAAACCGAUAAUAAAGUAAUGGACAAUAUUACCGUCAGGCAAGGCGAGACCGUCUUUCUCAGGUGCCCACAGGGGGACAUCGUCACACACACGGCCUGGCUCAACCGGUCGAGUAUACUGUACGCCGGCGAGGACAAGUGGUCGGUGGAUCCCAGGGUGAGUCUUGUUACACUCAAUCAGGAGGAGUUCACCAUAAAGAUUGAGGACGUGGACAUGACCGACGAGGGCCCAUACAUCUGUGCGGUGCAGACAAGCAGGAGACCGAGGACGACGUCAGUGCACAUCCUCAUCCAAGUGCCCCCCACAAUCAUCAACCUGUCGAAGGGCAUCGUGGUCAACGAAGGCUCCAACGUCACGCUGAUGUGCCAAGCCAGUGGCAAACCAGAACCCUCGUUUACCUGGAAACUCCUCUCUCCCUCAGGUGACCUGGCAUCGGACGACGAGUACCUGGACAUCCCCAGUAUCUCCAGACAGAGAGCGGGGACCUACGAGUGCACCGCCGUCAACGACAUCGCCACAGAUGUCCAGACCGUGGAGAUCACAGUCAACUAUGCCCCCAGUGUGUCAGAGGGCAGAGACGUUGGCGUGACCCUUGGCCAGAGAGGGGUGCUGGAGUGCGAGGCGGAUGCAGUACCCGAGGCAGACUUCGAGUGGUACCGAGACGACAGAAGGAUCUUCAAUGGUUUUGACGGCAUGGAGAUCGAAGAUGCCGGGCAGCUCUCCAAGUUGACCUUCUUCAAUGUCUCUGAGGCCGACUACGGCAACUACACUUGCAUCGCCAUUAACAAACUGGGCAGCUCCAACACAAGCUUUGUCCUGUAUGAGGUUAUUGAACCCACUAGCUCAACACUAUUGCAAGGACCCGGAGCAGUGCAGGACGGGAACAGCGGCUCGAUGGGGACGCAUGUACACACCUACACCUGUCUACUUCUGGCCAUCCUUCAGUUUCUGCUCAGGUUUUGAUGCAGUAGGCUUUCUGGCUUCCGAGGGGCAAAGUUGCGUGGUUUGUGUGUUUUCUCUCACCCGGAACCACAAACGUGAUGCACAUGAGUGCAUGGGCUACCCUAUUACAUCAUGUCAAACCUCUAAAAAGUAUUAUGUAACAUACACAUUUUUCUUUGUUAAUUUUAGGAGUUUUAAGGACAUAACAACAUUGGAUUUUUGGGUUUUGAUUUGUUUUCGUUUCCUCUCCCAUUAUGGUAUGAUUCUCAAAUGUUUAUUUUUGGGUGUGGUUUGUCUGUUAUUUACAUUUUAUUUAUUUCAGUUUCUACCGAGUGACAUAGUCAUCUUAGCACCAAGAGUCUUAAGCGUAAAUCAUAGUCCAUUGACGUUAAGACGCAAUAGUCCGGCAUCCCAUUGUGACAUAGCUAUGCGGCUCUGAGACCUCCAUCCACAGCCCGAAAGCGCACCUCCCAACAAUUCCCAACCAACGCCGCUCCGGUACACGUCCUUUAUUCAUUUGAAUGUGGUGACGGUUGGAGAAAAAGCUUGAGAAUUUGAAAAGUAUGAAUGCAAAUAUUCCAGAACACUGCUGUGCGUAUGCGUACAAAUUUUGGACUAUGAUAGACGCCCCAAGAUUCUUAUCCCCAAGAGUUAAGUGUAUGAGGUGAAUGAAACAAACAUCUCAAACAGGCAGUGAAGCAGAUGGACUGAAAUCACUCUAGGACCUAAAAGCCUGUUAUCAUGUUUUUUGUUGUUGGUGUAAUUAUAAUUUAAACCUAUUUCUGAUUCUGACACAUUGACAAACCACAACAAUGGUUAAUAAGAAAUUAUAUUUUCUCAGCAAUGUCAAUUGUGAUAUUUUCAGUUGUUUGUGCUAUUCUAUCUAUUUUGAGGAUUUUAACACAUAUUUUGAAAGGGGUAAAUACAAUAUCAACGCUGUAAUUGUGAUUAUUUAGUCAAAGAGCUUGUUUUUCCUCCCCUUUAGCUGGCACAAGUCUACACAAGGUGGUGUAAAGAAUUACUUAUGAUUAGUUAUGAAUGGGAAGGAAGUUAUUUCCAUUUGUGUGGACAUCUAACUUCAAGUAAUGUAAUCUCUCACAAAUGUUAUUAAUGUCACUACAACUGGUUUUACUUUAAGGUACUUUAAGUUAUAUGUAUUUACAUGGGUCAUUUGCACACUAGGGUCAAUUCUGAAGUAUUCCCAUCUCAACAGUGUUGGUAACAAAGAGGCUAAAGAGUAAGAUUGUGUCCAAUAGCAACUCUAUGGAUCACUCUAAGGGCAAAUUCUAACUUGCACUUGAAAGGAUACUUUGGGAUUUUGGCAAUGAAACUCAUUAUCUACUUCAGAUGAACUCACGGAUACCACUUUUAUGAAUCUGCAUCCAGUAUGAAGGAAGUUAGAGGUAGUUUCAUGAUCCAAUGCUAAUUAGCUUAUCGCAAUGACUAGAAGUCUAUGGGAUCUACUAGCAUGCUAGCAGUUACCAUGGACUAACACUAGUUAGCAAUUGUGCUAACUAUAGUUAACAACUUCCUUUAAACUGCUCACAGAGAAAAUGGUAUCCACAAGUUCAUCUGACUCUGGGGAAGUAGAUAAAGGGCUUCAUUGCCAAAAUCCUGAAGUAUCCCUUUAAGUAACAUUUUCACUUUGAUGCAUUGAUGUCAAUGGGAGACUUAGUGGAAAUUGGACUGAAG